UUAAUUUUUUUCGGUGCAGUAAAAUCCAACGAAAAUUUACUAUGUGCAUAUUAAUAUUUUUUAUUGUAGUAAAUAUUAAUCAACAUACAGAAACUAUUAUAAAAUCCUUCCAAUACUACACUGAUUAUCAUGAUUUUCAGGGUAAAUUCUCUCCGUAUGUUUUGUAUGAGAUAAAACUUCUAAUCGUUUACUUUAUGCAACGCAACACUUCGAUAACAAUUGAAUUAAUUUUGGCAUCAAAUGCAUCAAUUUUUUGUCAUUAUCCUGUUAUUAUUCAAUUAUUUUCUCGCGAGUUACGCCGCAAUUAAUAGAUGUAAACAAUAAUAGUAUUAAAACAUUAUUUUUUAUCGCUAUCAUAUAUAAUCGCAUUUAUGUAAUUCACCGUGUUAAUUAAUGAUGAUUAUUGAAUAAUCAAAUCAUCCUCCGACAUAUAUUUUGCUAUUGUGUCAUUUUAUUCAAUCUGUUUCGUACGUAAUCUCUUAAUCUUGACUCAAUACUGUACAAGGUAGAAAAAGAGGCAUUACUAAACGCAUUUUUAAAUCUUUUUUCGGAAUAAAGCAAGAUGAAGAUUGGAUGUUUCGACGAAACGAUGCAUUUAAUAAUGAAUGAGUGCAUCGCGAAUGUCGUGACAUGCAUAUUAAUAAUGGGUCUUUAAUAAACUUAUGAUGAUUAUGUUUACUGCCGUAAUAAUAUGACGGUGUGACGAUUCUUCUUGUGCAGUUUCAAAGAUAUGAUGUAUCAACAGCAGGAAGUUAAAAUUGUACGUCACAUUGAUUAUUUGGUCGUCAUCGUCGUAAUGCUACAUUUAAGAAAAAAAUAUCUUAUCGCAUUCUGAGGAGCACGAUGAUCGCGCAAACAAGGAUAUGGUGGAAGAUCCUUCAUUCCGGCAACAAAAAAGCUAUCCUCGCGGGCCUGGCUGCGCAUUCUGGACAAAUUUCCGUGGGAUUGGCUCAGGGAUACAGCGCGAUCCUAAUCCCGAAGCUCUUCGAGUCAAAUUUCGCGGACCAGUCGGAGGCCUCCUGGAUCGCCUCCCUCGGCGUCAUCUCGAAUCCUCUCGGCGCCCUCGUCGCCGGAUUCUGCGCCGAAUUCUUCGGCCGCAGAUCCGCAAUCGCCCUGGCGACGCUACCGCACAUCGCCGGCUGGUUACUGAUUGCCUUAUCGAAGGACGUGCCGAUGCUGUACGCCGGUAGAUUCGUUAGCGGCAUCGGCAGCGGUAUGGCAAACGGACUUUACCUCUACGUCAGCGAGACAGCAGCUCCAGAUCAAAGAGCUUGGCUCGCGAGUUGUGGACCAGUUCUCGUCUCCCUGGGCGUUUUGAUAGUUUACACCUUGGGUGCCAUCACAACGUGGCAAAGGGCGGCAGCUAUCAGCGUCGGACCAGCGAUUCUAUCGCUCGCAUUAACACGAAUGCUACCGGAAACUCCAGCCUGGCUGACCUCGAGGGGUCGAACGGACGAGGCUAAAGAGGCUCUUCUGUGGUUACGCGGUCCCGGGUUCAACGUCGACAAAGAGUACCAAGAGCUUCGUGACGCGAACGCGAAACGAAAGGAGAAAGAGGAGAGUCUGCUGCGGGCGCUGCACAUGUCUAACGUGUGGAAACCAUUCCUGAUACUCCUCAUCUUCUUCACCCUCCAACAGCUGUCCGGCAUUUACGUCAUUCUAUUCUACGCCGUGAACCUACUCGAGGAUAUCGGCGUGGACGUGAACGAGUAUGCGGCCAGCGUCGGGAUGGGUGUCAUCAGGUUGUUUGCGUCGAUCCUCGGCGCUGGACUGGCCAACACCAUCGGCAGAAAAAGUCUGGCCUUCGUGAGCGGUUUCGGAAUGGCUAUCGCGGCCAUGGGAAUCGCUCUUUUCUUCAGAUUCGAACUUCCAUCGUGGCUGCCGCUGUUCUGCAUCGGGAUCCACGUGGGCGCAUCCAUGAUCGGUUUUCUUACGUUACCGUGGGUCAUGACCUCGGAAUUGUACCCGUUAAGAUUCAGAGGUAGCUUGGGCGGUCUUACGAUCAGCAUCGCGCAGAUACUGACGUUUGCCACGAUAAAAAUGUAUCCGGAUCUGAAUGCCGUGGUCGGUCUGGAGAUCACGAUGUGGAUAUUCAGCGCAGCCGGUCUCUUAGGCGCCGUCUUCGCCUUAAUGAUAUUGCCAGAGACUCGAGGACGCAGUCUCGACGAUAUCGAAAUAAAGUUCUCCCGCAAGUCGGACGACAGCUCAAGUCCUUGCAAGAUUUUCUCCAACAUGUGGUGGCAGCCGAAGAACAUUAUCCUCAAGCGAUUCACGUCGAUUUCGGAGGAGAAGCAGUCGAAUAUCGUUACGAACGCGUAUACUUACGACAACUUCUGCCUGGAGUUGCCGCCGGAAAAUCUAGAGAAGAAAAUCUUCGAGAAAGAACGAACAUGCGAUCAACGAGUCAUAACCAAUAUUGAAAUCGAGCACGCGUAUAUUUAAUAAGAAAUGAUUUCGAAGACAUAUUUUUAUACAAGACUUUUGUUUAUGUGAAUUUUUACGGGUAUAUUAAGUUAUAUAUCUCCGAAAAGUAUAUUUAUUUAUUUUAUACUAAUGACCGAAUUAGUUAAUUUAUGAUUUUAAAUAGUAUAAAAGCUUUGCUUCGUGUUUACUGUCGACCGAACAAAUGUUCCUGUAGUAUUAUGAGUAUUCCUAUAAAAGCGCGGUAUCAAAGAUAAAUUACAUAAGAGCAUAUUACAAUGAUUAUAUCAACACACAAUAUAUACACAUGUUUUCUGUGAUUUUAUAUAAAUAAGUGUGUAUUAGGGAAACAUUAUUCCUUCGUAUAAUUUCCUUUGUUAUUACUUUAUUUUUAAUGACGCCUAUUUUUGUAACAGAUUGUACAAAUAUUUGUCCAUACGUAUUUAUACAGUUUCAUUUACAUGAUAAGUUGUGUAAAUAAUCGAUUAGGAUUAGACAAUAUUGUUGUACGUCUUAAUAAUAUAUGCUUCUAUUUGUAUUAUAUUUCUUACAUAACAAAAAAUGACAAAAAGAACAUUAUU